AUGACGCUGGUAACGGUGGUGCAACGACCUGAGCAUGACUUGCCGGAUCCUGACCCCUUGCUUCUCAGUGUUCAGCCUAGUGAGUGGAGCAUUAGUAUGUGUACAAUGGAGUUCCCUAGGACUGCAGUCCUGGGUAAUGUAUUGGCUCGCCUUAUGGGCUUGGCCCUGCAGUUAGAAAUACAGUGUCUAAAAGACCAGGUUCAGGAGAUGCACAGAGAUCUCACUAAGCAUCAUUCACUCAUCAAGACAGACGGCAUGGGAGACAUUCUUCAGAAAUCGCUUGAAGUUGACAUCCAGAUUGCAUCAGAGUACUCAUCUGUAGAAAUGAUGAGGAGCAUGUUUGAAGAGAUCUGGGAGGACACUUAUCAGAGAGUUAGCAAUGAACAAGAGAUUUAUGAAGCACAACUACAUGACUUGAUGCAACUGAAACAAGAAAACAACUACCUGACAACCAUCACUAAGCAGAUUGCUCCUUACAUUCGAUCCAUUGCAAAGGUGAAAGAACGCUUGGAACCCAGAUUAAAAGAGCCUAAAGAAGUGAAGGAUGAUCGAACAGAAAGUAUGAUUAAAAUCUACGAUGAGAGUGGAGUAACAGUUGAGAUGCAGCACAGGAAUGAUCUAACCAGUAGCAGUGAUGACAACAGAGAGAAGAUCAGUGACACCAAACUGGACAACCGAACUCUAAAUAUUCUCUCCGAUGACCCUCUAAUAAAGACUAAGGAAUAUUACAAUAGGACAAAGCAGAAGAAUGUGAUAGAUAACCCUAGUCGGAAAGAGCUAGCUGUGUAAGGGAAAUUAACAAAGAUCACUUGUGUGGGUUUCCCUGAGUGAAAGACUCCUGCACUGCUAAAUCACUUUUGCAAGUGUUUUUGCAGUCCAUUCGUUCUGUUGUAAUAAGUUAGUUUCUAUAAACAUAAUUAUAGAAGCACAGCUGUGUCUUGUAAACCUGCAACAUGGAAUUUUCAAUGGACACAAAAUAAGAUGGUCAUUUUUGAGUAAUUUUCACUCAUGGAUUAAAAACAAACUCUCCAAGAUCAAAUGUGUCGAGCAUUUGAGUAACAGUAAAAUGAAGUGAAGACAUUUUUCAGAUUAUGCUUGUUUUGAAGCUGAGACAGAUCCAUGUACCUUGUAAAACAGGGAAUUAUUUGCACAAGCAGGUUAACUGGAGGUUGAAAUUUUGCAACUUGAAGAAUCACAAUGUUAUGAUUUGAGUGGCUGAGUUGUAUUUUUUUUUUUUUUUUUUUUUUACACAAAGCUUUGUAGAAGCACUGUAAACACAAUGCAGACAACCACCCAGUUAACUUUCCAGUGUUCAUCCAAAAGACAGGAACAGGAUUCUUGGUGAGACUGUUUUAGAAUGAUCCAUUCGGCUCAUCAUUUUGCAACACCCAUUAGCAUGACUGAUGUAUGGCUGUGUCUGUGCAAAUCAAGCAUGAUGGCCUCUUUUGCAUUUGUAUGGUUAAUUGUGUAAACAUUCAGUUCUACUGGUCAGGAGUAGCGUCAUUCCCAAAAGAAGUUCCUUCAUUUAUUCACUUUUAGAUGCAAUAUUCAUCUUUUUCUUUUUAUAGAUCUUCAUAAAACUGCCAUUUCUUUUACUGAAAUGGCUGGUAAAGUAAUCAAUUUCACUUAAUAUAGGACUUUUUUUUCCUAAAAAUUACUUCCUCACUUUUAUCUUCAGUCGUGUUCUCUGCAGUAUAAUACACAUAUUUCAGUAAGACUGUAGAAAAGUUGAAACGUUAUACUACUGAUAUAUUUACACAUUUUAGACAUCUUCCUUCUCCUUUCUGCUAAGGCAGUGCGUAUGAAUGUACUUUUACUUUCAGCACCUUGCCAUGUUUACUUUGGAUCACACUGGCUAACACCUUCUGGAAUGUAUUAAAAUGUCAUCUACACAGCAGUAUUAUCGAGUAUCAUGCAGCAGAAAUCACAACCCCACAAUAUAUAAAUACAAUAAACUAUCAGAUGCAAUACAUUGCUAUAUCCUCAAAUGUAUUUUACAAUGAACAGACAGCGCUCUAACAUGCAAAUAUGAUUUUGAUGGGAAUGGCAUGCAUUAUGUUAGUUUAUUUUCUGUACUUUUCACUGAGAGAACUAUAUGCUGUGAACAACUGUAUUUUCUGAGCCUUCUAAUGCCAAUUCCCCAUUCCGUGCUAUGAAGGUGGCUCUUACAAAACAUCCCUGUAGCAUCCUGAUUUGCAUGUACUUGCCACUGAUAUUCAUCAGGAAUUGUCCAUCACAGAAGUAUUCUACCCACAGCCCCUCUGGAAAAUACAGCUCUGACCCUUCAUAAAUUAUUUGCAGACCAACAGCCCACAUAUCAAGCAUGUUAAUGGAAAAUUGUUUUCAGAGCUAUACAAUUUGUUUUCAGUGUCUAUUGCAAAAUGUACUUUAUUCCACAGUAUAAGCAAGGAAAAUUGUACACAAAUGUGUUCAUCUGAUAUUGAUACUAAAAAUAUUGAUUUACUCCUUGUAUUAAUACCCAUGUUAGAAUUUUCAGUGACUACAGUAUUAUGUAACAGAAUGUUUUAUGUGCCAAACAGCAUUUAACAAUCAACAAACUGUAUCAAAUCAAAUAAAGACCAAUGUUUUAAAGCAAAGCUGGACUUAAAUCAG